UUACUCCGCAAAUAAAGAACGCUCUGAUGAUUGCUCUGAUGUUGGUGGCCACUUGCCUUUUCCUUGGCGGAAAUGGACAGCUUCUCGAACAGGAUUGCGGUACCACGACAUCAAGCCGACCAAUGAUAUUCGGGGGCCAGGAUGCAGCACCAGUAUCCCACCCAUGGAUGGCGCAAAUUUACGGAAUGGGACAAUUCUUUUGCGGCGGAUCGCUAAUCACUCAGCGAUUUGUUCUUACCGCCGCGCAUUGCUAUAAACCCAAUGUGUACUUGACUGUCCGGCUGGGAGAUUUCGACACAAGGUGGUGGACACCGCAUCAGGAUUACCCCGUUGAAUCUACCUACAUUCACCCAAAUUAUAGGACGUUUGAUAGCUACGAUAUUGCUUUGAUCAAACUGCAAAGUUACGUCAUUUAUACAGAUUUUAUCCGACCGAUCUGCAUACUGCUGAACUGGAGUCUACAGCAGAAGGUAGAUAACUUUCGGGAGUUCACUCUAACCGGAUGGGGCACAAUGGAAAACGGACAGAUACCCUCCGUGCUGCAGACAGCCAGUCUGACCCAAAUCGAUCGAACCGCCUGCCUCCAAAGCUACGGCUACCAGGUGAAUAGGUUGCAUAUCUGUGCCGGGAGUAUCGGAACCCAUGCCUGCACCGGAGACUCUGGUGGACCAUUGGGCACCAUCAUGGUUUAUAAAGGGGCGAGCUUUUACACACAAUUUGGGAUUGUGAGCUAUGGCCCAAAACCCUGCAAUGGUGUGAGUGUCUUUACGAAUGUCUUGCAAUUCACGCCAUGGAUACAUUACACCAUUGAGCAAGCGAAUCUAGUCUGAAAAAUGGCAGAAAACUCUAAAGAAAUAUGAAUGCCGACUUGCAGAAAAUUUGUGGAGCAUAGAAACACAAAAGAUAAUCAAUCAAAUUAACACACUUUCAAUAAAAGAU